ACGUCCCUUUUCUCAAACAGGUAUACAUAGUUUGUCACCUGUUUGGAGUUUACAGCAGUCGUUUGGCGGGGUUGCGAGAACAUCACUGCCUGAUCAAUACUUUAUUAGGUUCCUGGUUGGAUCAUAUUUGUCUUCUUUGUUGUUUUUUGUGGUCUGUCUUACACGUUCUUCCCCACGAUGAAGGUUUUAAUCGCCUUGUUCGUUGUGACUUUUAUGGACAUGGUCGCCGCACAAUGUGAAUGCCCCACCAUGAAAUGGGCGAUAUGUGAUGAAAAUCCAUGCAAAUGUAAACUUCCGCUUGAUGAAUCUACUAAGCAGGAGAUUGAUUGCACAAAGUUGAUUCCCAAGUGCUACCUCAUGAAAGCGGAGAUGUUUCGUGCCAGAACGGGCCAGAGCACUCGUUCAGUUGGAGGGAAGCCGGUCGAGACCGCCUUCGUGGACAAUGAUGGCAUCUAUGACCCUGUGUGUGAGAACAACGGGAAGUUCAAAGCUGUCCAGUGUAAUGGCACCAAUGUGUGUUGGUGUGUCAACAGUGCCGGUGUGCGCCGAAGCGACAAGGGAGACAAGAACAUCAAGUGUGAGCCUGUGGAUACCUAUUGGGUUCGACUUGAAAUGAAGCAUAAAGAAGUAGUUGGAGCUUUGGAUUCCACCAAGUUGAAGACUGGGAUUCAGAAUGCGUUGCUGGAGCGUUACAAGAUCAAUAAGGACCUUGUGAAAGAGGUUAAAUAUGAUGACAAGGGCCGUUUGAUUGUCGUGGAUGUCCAGAAGCCUAAAGGAGACCAGAAUGUAGACCUGUCCCUCAUGACCUAUUACAUGGAGAAAGAUAUCAAGGUUUUGCCCCUGUAUAAAAACCCUGCCCCAUUUGAGGUCAGUGUUGAGGGAACCAAGGUGCACAUGGAAAACAUCCUAGUAUACUAUGUAGAUGAAGUGGCGCCCACCUUCACCAUGCAAAGGCUGACUGGUGGCGUAAUCGCUGUCAUUGUGGUGGUCAGCUUGGUUGUGAUUGCAGGACUUCUUGUUCUUUUCUUCUUGAGGCGACGAGAGAAGGCCCAGUACAGCAAAGCACAGCCAAAAGAGAUGGAGACCAUGUCUUAAGCCAUGAAUCACGUGUACUCAAGUCUAACACUGGGAUGUACCCUAUGCUAAAGCACAGACCUGCUGUGAAUAUUCUUGACAAUUUUUCAUAUUGGGGAAAUUAAGUGUCUGUUACAUUAGAGUACAUUUGUUUUAAACUGUUUCUGUUGCUUUUUUUGCCAUUUAAUGUGGGCUUAUUUUGAAUUUGACAUUUUAACAUUGUACAGUUUGUGUGUGAAUUGUGAGUUUUUAAUAAAAUUUGUUUGUGUUUAAA